CACACACUCUAAAACACUACAGUCUAGAGGUGGUAGCCUAGCCCACCCAAAUCACACUGUCACCACCAAAGAGGCUCCCUCGCCUUCUUCACUCAACCAUAUAGCGCUGAGUCUGACGACGCUCUCUAACCAUUUACCGUAGAAGAAGAAACACCCCGUGCCCGAGAAAACCGUCGCUCCCCCUUGCCGGCCGCCUACCCAGAAAUGCCGACGCCGCCCUAACUGGCCGCCGCUCCGGCGAGAGAUUCCCCUGAUCGGAAUAUCUUUGAAGCAGUUGGCGCAGUGGUGGUGGUGGUGGAGACUGUCUCGUCACUCGACCCCUAUCUCUCUGACACUCUCUGAUUCACCAUUAACUCUCUCUCUCUCUCGUCUACACUCUUCUUAACUAGAAACCCUCAAUUCCCCCACUCCAAUUCUCUGCUCCCCCGGGAAUCGGAAAAUGCUGACGUGUAUCGCUCGUCCCAAGCAAGCCGGGGAUGAGCCGGACGGCUCAUCCGCCGCCGCCGCCGCCGCCUCCAACAACAACGGCAGCGGUUCCAACGCCAAAAACAAUCAAGCAAUCAAAUCCCUCACAUCUCAGCUCCGGGACAUGGCGCUGAAGGCCUCGGGAGCAUACAAGCACUGCGCGCCGUGCACGACGGGGCCGACGACGACCGGCAAUCACCAGAGCCGGUUCAAGACGACGACGACGGCGGACUGGGAGGCGGCGGAUUCGGAGCGGUUCCGGUGGUCGCUGAAGCGGACGGGGAGCUCGAGCUCGACGACGCCGCGGACGUGGGGGAAAGAGAUGGAAGCGCGGCUGAAGGUGAUAUCGAGCUCGAGCGGGGAAGCGACGCCGACGACGUCGGUGAACGGGAGCGGGCGGCGCGUGGAGCCGCCGAUCGUGUUCGUGGAAGAGAGCGAGCCGAAAGAAUGGGUGGCCCAGGUGGAGCCCGGCGUCCUGAUUACCUUCGUCUCGCUUCCCAGGGGAGGCAACGAUCUCAAGCGGAUACGUUUCAGAUUAUGGUUGUGUGAUGUUGAUAUGUACAUGAUAGUUACGAUUCGAGACACGUUCAACAAGUGGCAAGCUCAGAGAUGGUGGGCGGAGAACUUUGACAAGGUCAUGGAACUUUACAAUGUCCAAAGGCUUAGCCGUCAAGCUUUUCCUCUUCCAACACCCCCAAGAUCCGAGGACGAGCAGAGCUCAAAGAUGGAAUCAGCUGAAGACAGCCCAGUCACACCACCACUAAGCAAAGAGCGGCUGCCGCGUAACUUAUACCGCCCAACAGGAAUGGGAGUAGUAAGCUACUCGUCCUCGGACUCGCUCGACCAUCCUCAUCAUCCGAUGCAGAUCAGGCAGUACUCGGACUCCAUCGGUGGCCUCACUUCCACACCAAAGCUCUCCAGCAUAAGCGGGGCUGCCAAGACGGAGACAUCAACUUCAUCCAUGGAUGCAUCCAUGAGAAGAAGCAGCUCGUCGAGGGACGCGGAUCGCUCGGGGGAGUUGUCGAUCAGCAAUGCCAGUGAUAUGAUGGACAAUGAAUGGGUUGAGCAGGAUGAACCUGGCGUGUACAUCACAAUUCGAGCCUUGCCCGGUGGAAAGAGGGAGCUGAGACGAGUCAGAUUCAGCCGUGAGAAAUUUGGAGAGAUGCAUGCGAGACUAUGGUGGGAAGAGAACCGAGGUAGAAUACAUGAACAGUACUUAUAGAGUGGAGAGAAGAACUAAACCACAGUGAAAGCACAACGAGGGGAAGUCUUCGAAUGGUAAACCAGGCGGGUCUUUUUUUAACUUGGAGGUUCCAGAUUUGAAUUUCGAUUACAUCGAUCAAUGUUACAUGCUUCGUGGAAUCCUAUCGGAGCAUACCACUCUCUGAUAUCAGUACCUCAGCUGAUGAAAGAAUUUUCCUUACACAGAUCCUUCUGAAAACAGGUGCUUCCUGUUUGUCUCUCUUCUUCUUUUUUGUUUUUGUUUCUUGGGUUCAAAUGUUGAUAGGGGUAUUAGAACUGCUGCUUGGUAUAUGGUCUAUGUGUUGAUCAAGAAAAAAGAGCAAAGCCUUUUUAUCUUUUGUCCUGUAACGUUAUUUUACUUUUUACUGUUAUUUUACUAGUGGUGGGUAAUGAGUAUCAAUGGAAGAAGUUGGGUACAUGGUAUCUUUUCCUUUGACAUAAUCAGUUUUGACCAAUUUCUUCUGUUGCCUGACCCAAAUUAGGGCAAUCGAUUACAGGCGUGCUUGCUGUCUUUGUAACUGUUUGUGGUCGGCCUCUCUCCUUGACUUUGUUUCUAAACAAUCAAAUAAUAGCAGCAGGAUGAACCCUAAUUUCCUGCCUCCACUUCGCUGAUGAUGGGUGACGAAAAUUUGUGACUAAUUUGGUC